AUGCCUUUGAAAAUCCCAAGAACGAGCCUCGGUGCGCAAAUCUCGGUUUUUACGCCGCCAUCUGGCAGCAAUUGGGCUCGUCAUGCUUCCUUGAAUUCGGCAAUUGGCUGGGGCAUUCGCAGGUCUCAAAAUGCUGGCUCAUCCGCCAGAGCGUCCAAAGAUGAGGGUGGCCAAACGAGACCACGGAGAGGAGAUUCCAGGACUUGGCCAAGUGGACGUGCUGUGAAGGGCGUCAAAGGCCCAUCAAAAUCCGACUUUGACGAGGACGAGUUCGUCCGAACUGGCAAGUUUCGAGGAAUGCCGCGGGAGCUCAGGGAUCGCGGACAAUGGAGGUCGAGAGAACAAGCACCAAAAACGAACUCAGCAUCCCCCGGAAAAUCGGAUACCCCGAAGACAAAAUCCCGCGCUCAUCGUGUGACGGACAGCAUGCCGGAACGAGUGAAGGACAACGUGAAAGUCCCGGAAUCGAUUCCUUAUACCAGCCCAGCGUCCGAAUUUAUCUACGGUACUAGCGCCGUGGAAGCGGCCCUGCGCUGUGGCCGGCGCAAGCUCUACAAACUGUACCUAUAUCAAGGAGCCGGUGAAGACCUUAGCCCGGCGAAGGUGGCUCUCCGAAAGCUGGCCCUAUCCAAAGACAUUGGGAUCAAAUUGGCCUUUGCGGGAUGGGACCGGCUUCUAGACAAAAUGUCUGCCGGUCGCCCACAUAAUGGGUGCGUUCUAGAGGCAUCGCCUUUGCCUAAGCUUCCCGUGCGUGGUUUCCAUGUCGUUCCCUCUAUAUCUGAGAGCCAUUUCCGCGUAGAACUGGCACCCCAGUCGCGAGAGGAAGCUGCUGUCAACGGUACGAACGACCAUAUCCCGAUUCUCCACCCGUCGAACCCGUCGAACCCGUCGCAAGACCAACCCCAACACCGGUAUCCCGUGGCCCUGCUGUUGGAUGGAGUCGUGGAUCCCGGUAACCUAGGCGCCAUCAUUCGGUCUGCUUACUAUCUUGGAAUCGAUGCGAUCGUUUUUGCUGGUCGAAACUCUGCGCCUUUGUCGCCUGUGACGAUCAAGGCCUCGGCUGGUGCGGCGGAAAAUAUGACUUUACUUCAUGUUAAGAAUGAGGUGGACUUCAUCCAACGCUCGAAGGAUAGUGGAUGGCGUUUCUACGCUGCCGAUGCCCCCGGUCCCGGCGCCACCUAUCUUGACCGCGCCACGGCGGAUGGCGAAUCCCAGGAAAGUGGCCUUCCCACUAUGCAAGCACCCAGUGUAAUCAUGAUGGGAAGUGAGGGAUCAGGGCUGAGCUCACACAUCAAAUCUCAUGCAGAUGCGACUGUCAGCAUUCCAGGCGCCCGCCAUAGUGCCCAUUUGGGUGUUGAAUCCGACCCCGCCCGCAUUGAUAGCUUGAAUGUGAGCGUAGCCGCCGCACUAUUGAUGGAGAUGUUCUUACGGACUCCCCUUGCGAUGUCCGGACCGCUCAGGAAGAGCAAGGACCGAAUGUGGUGA